CCCCCCAACAAAAGUCGAACUCCGCCUGUGAUGAUGCCUCACUCUCAUUGGUGCACUGGGGAACUGCGUUGAUGCGCUUGCAGUGAGACCGCUGCGAUCACUGUAAUAAAAACAGGCAACAAGGUGAAAACAAGCACCAGAGUCAGGCAACAAGGAGAAAACAAGCACCAGUCAGAGGGAGGACCGCAAGCAGACACUUCAUGUUGGAGACAUCUCUGCACAUUUGAUCAAACCCAACUGAGAAAUCUACUAAAGGAUGGAGUGGUAUGUCCUGGUGCUGAUGCUGAGCUUGCCCCACUCCGUGCACACACAUUGUUCUUCGCAGUGUCACAAAUGCUUGCAGCACAUUUUCAAGCCAAACAGCGCAUACAGUAGCCUGUGGUGUGGUGUGCUGUGUCAGGAUGAGCCGGUGCUGUGUGAGCAAGCCGCGGGGCUCGAGGACAUGAGACACGACGGUGAAAAGGCGCAGGAGGAUGAAGAAGUGGAAGGGGGCGACGAACAAUUCGAGGCGCAGCUCGCAAAGAGGCUGGAUCAGACCACCAGGGAGCUGCUGUCCUCCUCCGGGCGGGACACGCACGUCGCGGAGGGAGAAGCGGAGGACAGCCGGGAGGAGAACGCUCUCCGCGGCUCCGAGCACGUCAAACGCUACGGCGGCUUUUUACGCAAGUUCGGUCCAAAGUCGAAAAGAAGCGAAACGGAAGAACCCGAGGAGCUCCAGAAGCGCUACGGGGGCUUCAUGAGGCGGAUCAGACCGAAAUUGAACAACAUCAAGUGGGACAAGCGCUACGGAGGCUUCCUUCGUCGUCACUUCAAGAUUUCGGUGCGCUCCGCAGAGGAACCUUUCUCUUCCUACUACGACGACCUCAGCCAAGAAACAAGAUGAACUAAACGUAUGGCAACAUGAACGCUCACUGCAAUUUCACCUUCUCUAUUUUAACUCCACAACAUCGAUGCCUGUUGUACUCGCUGCCUUUAUGUCUGUGUGUCGUUGAAUACCAAGUUGUUGCUUGUUUAAUAAAACC